AUGGAUGAAGACGGAGAGAAACGAGUCCGUGCGAAACGAUCGGUUGAAUUUGAUUGGAUAAGCGAUUUGCCAGAUUGCUUGCUAUGUCAGGUACUCUUGAAACUUCCCACCAAGGACGUGGUUAAGACUAGUGUGUUAUCCAGUAGAUGGAGGAAUCUCUGGAGAUACGUCCCUGGAUUGGACUUGGGGGAUGUUGAUUUUCCCGAGUACAACACAUUCGUUGGUUUUGUAGAUAGCUUUCUGGAUCUAAACAGUGAAUCUUGCUUACAAAAGUUUAAGUUAAAAUACGAUUGCGAUGGGGAUCACGAGCCCGAACUUAAUCUCAUCACCCGGUGGAUCAACACUGUGGUCACGCGGAAAGUGAAACAUAUCGAUGUUUUGGAUGAUUCAUAUGGGAGCUGGGAUUCCCAGAUGACUCCUACACUUUACACCUGUGAGAGUUUGGUUUCUAUAAAGCUUUGUGGACUAACCUUGCCUAGCCCCAAGUUUGUUUCUUUACCUUCUCUUAGGGUUAUCCAUCUAACUAUAGCUAAGUUUGCUGACCAAUUGGCGUUAGAAACGCUCAUCUCAAGCUGCCCACUUCUCAAAACCUUGAUUAUUGAAAGGUGUUUUUGUGAUGAUAUACAAGUUUUGCGUGUGCGUUCUCAGUCUCUACUUAGCUUCACUCACGUUGCGGACAGCUCUGAUUAUUUGGUUGAAGAUUUAGUAGUUGCAGUUGAUGCUCCCAGGCUUGAGUUUCUGAAGCUCAGUGAUCAUCGAAUUGCGAGUUUCAUACUAAAUAACGUGGCUUCACUAGUAGAAGCCGAUAUCGAUACUGUGUUUAACUUGAUUUCCGAAAACAAGUUCGAUCCAAAUGAUCUACAGAAGAGGAAUAUGAUUCGCAAUUUUCUCGUCGGGAUCUCUAAGGUCAAAGAUAUGAUCAUUGCCUCGAGUACUCUUGAGGUCAUUUAUGAUUACUCAAGGUGUGAACCACUACCCUUAUUCCGUAACCUAUCCUUCUUGCGUGUCGAGUUCUACGGCUACAGGUGGAAAAUGUUGCCAAUCUUUCUUGAGAGCUGCCCAAAUCUAAAGUCUCUUGUCGUGGGAUCUACUCAAUAUCUGGAGAAGGAGGGAAUUAAUAUUUUGUCCGAACCUCGGUGUUUCUUAUCAUCUCUUGAGUAUGUUAAGAUAGAAAGGCCAUUGAAAGGGGAGGCGAUGGAGAUGGAACUAGUGAGUUACUUACUCGAGAAAUCAACAAUCCUCAAGAAACUAAGCUUAUGCUUGGAUGAUUCCAGAAAGAAAGAUGAAUCUGUCAUUCUCAAAGAACUACUUACUAUUCCAAGGCUCUCUAGCUCAUGCCAAGUUGUUUUUCUCUGA